AUGUCUCUCUCACUAAAGUCCACCUACAAGCUGGUUUCGGGCUAUGAGAUUCCCGUUGUUGGGCUCGGAGUCUACCAAACACCUUCCGAUGUCACCGAGAAGGUGACUUCCAAGGCCAUUGAGCUUGGAUACCGCCAUGUCGACUGCGCCAAAGUAUACGGAAACGAAUUAGAAAGUGCCAAAGCCAUUCGCGACUCUGAAAUUGACCGUUCCGAGAUCUUCUACACCAGCAAGGUCCCCCGCACCUGUAUGGGAUAUGAGAAGGCUAAGCGGGCCAUUGAGGAGAGCAUUGCGGCCGCCAACCUUGGCUACAUUGACCUGUAUGCAGUGUUUCGCAGGGAUAAGAAAUGGCACAGGCUAACACUCGCACUUAGUAUGUUGAUUCACGCUCCCUACGGCGGCAAGGAGGACCGCCACGGCACCUGGCGCGCACUCGUCGAGGCCCAGAAGGCAGGCCACAUCCGCUCACUGGGUGUUUCCAACUUCAGCAUCCAGCAUCUCGAGGAAUUGGAGGCUUAUAUCAAGAGCGGAGCCGGGGGUCAGAUCACCGUUGGCCAGUAUGAGAUCCACCCGUGGUGCCCGCGUGACGAUAUCGCGGAGUGGUUGCAGAAGCGCAACAUCGUUGUCGAGGCGUACUCUCCCCUUGUUCAGGCGACACGUAUGAAGGAGCCUGUUCUGCAGGGCUUGUCCAAGAAGCACGGCAAGAGCGAGGCCCAGAUUUUGGUUCGCUGGAGCUUGCAGAAGGGAUACGUGCCCCUCCCCAAGUCGGCGACCGAGUCUCGCAUUCGCGAGAACUCCGAGGUUUUCGAUUUCACUCUGUCCGAAGAGGACAUGGCCAGCUUGAAGCUCGACUUAUAUGAGCCCGUGUGCUGGGACCCCGUCCGCGACUGCAAGAUUUGA